AGGGUUUCUCGCUGGCGGCGGGCGGGUUGGGACAGACUCAAGUCGUCUGCUCGUCCGCUUCUCGCUCAAACACCGUCUCUCUUCCUACCCCCAACCAACCCCGUCGUCAACAUCAUCAACAAUGGGUCGCGUCAUUCGCAAUCAGAGAAAGGGUGCUGGAUCCAUCUUCACCUCGCACACCCGUCUGCGCAAGGGUGCUGCUAAGCUGCGCACUCUCGACUACGCCGAGCGUCACGGAUACAUCCGCGGAAUCGUCAAGGAGAUCAUUCACGACCCCGGUCGGGGUGCUCCGCUCGCCAAGGUUGUCUUCCGCGACCCCUACAAGUUCAAGCUCCGCGAGGAGACCUUCAUCGCCAACGAGGGCAUCUACACCGGCCAGUUCAUCUACGCCGGCAAGAAGGCGUCGCUCAACGUCGGAAACGUUCUUCCCCUCGGCUCGGUUCCUGAGGGUACCAUUGUGAGCAACGUCGAGGAGAAGGUCGGCGACAGAGGUGCGCUUGCCCGGACUUCGGGCAACUACGCCAUCGUCAUCGGACACAACCCUGACGAGGGCAAGACCCGCUUGAAGCUUCCCUCGGGAGCCAAGAAGGUUGUUUCGUCCGACGCCCGUGGUGUUGUCGGUGUUGUUGCCGGCGGUGGCCGUGUCGACAAGCCUUUGCUCAAGGCCGGCCGUGCGUUCCACAAGUACAAGGUCAAGAGAAACUCGUGGCCCAGAACCAGAGGUGUGGCUAUGAACCCCGUCGACCAUCCCCACGGAGGUGGUAACCACCAGCAUAUCGGUAAGGCGUCGACGAUCAACAGAGGAGCUGUUCCUGGACAGAAGGCUGGUCUUAUUGCCGCCAGAAGAACAGGUCUGCUCAGAGGUACCCAGAAGACCAAGGAUUAAAGAAAAAUGUUUUAUUAUUUUUUAUUUAUAUUUGGUUUUUUCAUGUUUAUAUAUAUAAUGCGACGGGUCAUCUAAAAGCAGCAGCAGCAGCAAGAAAGCAAGCAAGCAAAAACGGUGUACUGUAUAAUCAAGAGAGU